UGCAACUCUCCAGCCUGGUUGGAGGUCCGUGUUGGACCCUCCGCAAUUGGAAGCAAGCCUCGGCGAGGGUGGGGGCGUCCCGAACCGAGACUCCCCCCGGCCCCUCUUGUUGCUCCGUGUUGCAAAGUCCGCUUCCUUGGGCUUUCUUGCUUGCAAGGGUCGCCUUUUGCUCCGAGGGCUCCGCUGGGCGGAACGUUCUGGUCUCCAGAGAAGAUGGCUGACAUUCCAAGGGACUCUGUGAAGUGGCACCUCUUCACAAGGAAUAGGGACGUCACUUACCGCAUCCCUGCCCUGAUCUACCGGCCUGCGGAGACCAUUUUCCUGGCUUUUGUGGAGGAACGCUCCUCACCCCGCGACGAACACGCCAAGGGCUUGGUGAUGCGAUGCGGACUCAAGGAGGGCCUGUCCGUUAAGUGGGGUCCUUCCAUCCGCCUGAAGACAGCUGGGCUGCCCAAUCAUCGCACCAUGAACCCGUGCCCGGUUUACGACAAGAAGAAUGACGUCAUCUUCCUCUUCUUCAUCUGCGUCAGGGACGGCAUUUCGGAACAGCAUCAGAUUAGGACGAGGAGAAAUGCUGUCCGACUGGGCUACGUCUCCAGCGAAGACGGCAGCCGCCACUGGAGCUCGAUGACCGACCUGACCGAACAGGUGAUGGGCGACGAUGAGGCGCAGAAAUGGGCGACCUUUGCCGUGGGACCAGGCCACGGAGUGCAGCUGAGUUCGGGGCGCCUGGUGAUCCCAGCUUAUGCCUACUACGUCCACAAGUCAUGGUUGGGGUACUCCUUCCCGUGGUGGAUCAAACCCCAUUGCUUCAGCUUCUACAGCGACGACGGCGGGCGAACCUGGGCCCGGAGUGAGCCCCUCAAAGCCCUGAAGACCACCGAGUGCCAGAUGGCCGAAGUGACCGGCGAGGACGACAGGCAGGUGUUAUAUUGUAACGCCCGAAGUUUGCACCAAUUCCGAGCCGAGGCCUACAGUGCGGACAACGGAUGCCGUUUUCCAGACCACGCCGUUUGCAAACAGUUGUGUGAACUGCCUUCGGGGUGUCAAGGAAGCGUUGUGAGUUUCUUCCCCUCGGAUCCGGGCCCAAAGAAGGACCCCGACGCGUCAACCGCUGAGACGGAGGCGUCUCCAUCGUCUGCUUCGCCCAGCUGUCCCAAGUCAUGGCUGAUGUUCUCCCAUCCCACCAGCAAGAAGAAGCGGAUGGAUCUGGGGAUCUACCUGAACCCUUCCCCGACGGAGCGGAGCAGGUGGACGUCCCCUUGGAUCCUAAAUAAAGGACCCAGCGGGUACUCGGAUUUGGCUGUUUGUGAAGACGGGGAACCACUUGCCUUCGGUUGUUUGUUUGAGUGCGGAGAGCACAAGGCAUACGAGGACGUCGCAUUUUGCCUCUUCACCCACGAUGAGCUCCUGAGAAACGUGAAAAUGUGAGGGACGGUCCGUCCGACGGCACAUCCGCCUCAACGAAGGAGCUCUGUAAAGGGUGGUUCUGUGCUUGGCAACCGACUGGGAAGGUCCUACAGGCUCUUCCUCGUGUCACAUCUUGUGUGUUAAGAUGCUGGCUUUUAAUGAUAACAGAAUCACAGAGCUGGAAAGGCCCUCAGAGGUCUUCUAGUCCAGCCCCCUGCUCAUGCAGGAGAUCCUAUAUCAUUUCAGACGAAUGGUUGUCCAAUCUCUUCUUGAACACCUCCAGUGUUGGAGCAUUCACAACUUCUGGUGGCAAGCAGUUCCACUGAUUAAUUCUUCUCUCACGGUCAGGAAAUGACCUCCUGAGUUCCAGGUUGCUUCUCUCCUUGAUCGUCAUAAAGAGAUGCUAAAGGAACAGGUAAUAGGAAAGAUGAGAAGGCUAACAGUAAUAAAGCUCUUACUAUAUGGUUUGAUAUCCUAGGGCCAUGGCCCACUACCGGACUGUGGGCUGUUUGGAACUAGGGUGUGCAAGCAGCAGGCAAGCACGUGUGUGCGCGAAGCUCCACUCGGUGGUGCGCGAAGCUUUACUCUCAUGAGAAGUUCUAUUCGCGUGAGCAGAGGGUGUUUGCGCUCACACAGAACUCUGCAUGCUUGCACCCGCAUCUGCCACUCACACAACGCCAUCCCCUCUCUCCCUCCCCUCCCCACGCCAAGCCAAAAACGUUGGGGACCAUCGUCCCAGUGCAUAAGACAGUGCUGUGGGAAUGAAGUGCUCCGCAGAGUGACGGUGCUAGAGGAAAAAGCUGUCUUCGUGCCUAGCUGUUUUGGUGUGCAAUGCCCUAUAGAAAUUAAAAAUUAAAACAGUUGAUGUCCAGGAUGUGAGGGGUCUGCAGAUAAUUCCUCAGCCCCCCUUUUGGCUCCUGCAGGAGACAGGUCCUCAACGGAAGGCAGGCUGGUUGCAAUUGGUUUACCUUGGUGACUUUAUUUUUAGUCUGAUUCCCCUUAUCUUAAUGUCUCUACUUAAGUGUUUCUGUGGUCAGCUUUGUUACUUUUGUAACAGCAGGCUGCUCUGAGUUUUCCUUUCAGCUGGUGCUUCUUGGUUUUCUUAAAGGGCCGGCUUAAGUCUUUGGGCACUGCUUUAGUGGUUCCUGGCACUGUCCUUUGGUGUGCCCUCCCCACAAUACAUUGUAACAGCAGUUUUGCAGUCCUAACUAUCCGUUGAAGUUUGUGCCCGCCCUGUUUGAUUGUUGGGCCAAACAUAAUUUAAAAGCAUAAUUAAUAAAAGUACCAAUUGUUAAUUUUAUAAAUAUUCCAGACCACCAACCCAGAAAGAUUGGCGAACUCUGAUCUAAGCAUACCCAAGGCUUAAUUUUGCUAUGGGGCAAGUUUGCUAUUCUCUUAUUUCACAUAAAAUAGUAAGCCACCCAGCGUUACCCUGUGGUAAGUGUCUCACUGAGCAGCAGAAAUGUCGGGCUCAAUUGUGGUCAUAAGUCAAGGACUACCUGUAUUUAAAUUCUUCAGUAGAUUCCUAAAUAUGCUUUAUCUUUUAGCCUGAUUCCCCUUAUCUUAAUGGCUCUACUUAAGUGUUUCUGUGGUCAGCUUUGUUACUUUUGUAACAGCAGGCUGCUCUGAGUUUUCCUUUCAGCUGGUGCUUGUUGGUUUUCUUAAAGGGCCAGCUUAAGUCUUUUGGCACUACUUUAGUGGUUCCUGGCACUGUCCUUUGGGAUGCACUCCCCACGGGGUGUAUGGGACCCACCCUUUGACUAUAAAGAAUUGCUGUAAGGUUGUAAUCGGGGCCUUGGCAGCUUUCAAAGCCAGGGUCUUUAUAUCUUGAUACCAAAAUAAAAGUAUGUUCUUGUACCACACCUUGUGUGUUUGGUGACUCAUCGGCUUCGACACCAAGCUAAGGCCCAGUUUUGGGGACAACAUUUAAGCCAGACAUUUAUCUCUCUGAAUUGGAAUUCUUUAUUGGCCAAGCGUGAAGUUUUCUCUUAAUAAAAGAAGACACGUGUGUUGCAUUGUGAAAGGUUAUGGUCAUGUCAUCAACAAAUACAUUUAGUUAAUAAUUGUCACCCUCUGUUUCCAGAUAUGGUCAUCU